AUGGCUCUGUGGGUAGACAAACAUCGUCCAAGGGAACUUAUGAAGCUGGACUAUCAUAAGGAACAAGCUGAGAACCUGAAAAACCUCUGCCAACAAGGUGAUUUCCCCCAUCUUAUGUUUUAUGGACCAUCCGGUGCCGGUAAGAAAACACGCAUCAUGUGUCUACUGCGGGAAUUGUAUGGUCCGGGCGUCGAAAGACUACGCAAUGAAACCAUGACAUUCACGACACCAUCGAAUCGUAAAAUCGAAAUCAUGACAGUCGGUUCAAAUUAUCAUUUGGAGGUGAAUCCCUCGGAUGCUGGCAUAUAUGAUCGUGUUGUUGUUAUCGAUCUAAUUAAACAAGUUGCUCAAACACAUCAAAUCGAUCCGAAUGGACAAAGGGAUUUUAAAGUUAUUGUUCUAUCCGAAGUUGAUGAACUUACCAAGGAUGCACAACACGCCUUGCGUCGUACUAUGGAGAAAUAUGUGGCCACAUGUCGUAUUAUAUUGUCGGUUAAUUCCACAUCACGCGUUAUACCCGCCAUUCGGUCCAGGUGCUUAGGCAUACGUGUGGCCGCGCCCACUCCCUCUGAAAUGACCAGUGUUCUACAGGCCGUUAGUAAAAGAGAAAAUAUUGCUUUACCCCUGGAGUUGGCCACGCGCAUAAUCGAUAAAUCGGAAAGGAAUUUACGUCGAGCCAUUUUAAUGCUGGAAGCAUGUAAAGUACAACAGUACCCGUUUACAGCCCAACAGGAUAUUGUAGAACUAGAUUGGCAAGUUUUUCUACGUGAAACUGCCAAUCAAAUAUUAACCGAACAAUCACCAGCUAAAUUGGAAAAGGUUCGUGAUCGUCUCUAUGAACUGCUGGCUCAGGGUGUUCCUCCCGAUGUCAUAUUUCAGGGUUUGGUUAAGGAACUCGUUAAGAACUGUGACAUGUCGAUUAAGGCCAAAACAUUGGAAUAUGCCACGCUAUACGAACAUCGUAUGCAGAAUGGUGCCAAACACAUAUUCCAUUUGGAAGCAUUUGUGGCCCAAUUUAUGAAUAUCUAUAAGAAAUUUAUUGCCGAUUCAAUGAUGAUGGAUGAUUUCUAAAAAAAAA